GCGAUGUCAGACACUCAUCCACGUGAUUGCCGGAGAUUCGGAGGACCCGAUCGGGGAUUUCGAGACCAUCCAGAAGGAGCUGCGGGACUACAGCACGGAGGUCGCCAUGAAGCCGCAGGUCAUCGUGGUCAACAAGUGCGACCUCCCCGAAGUUCAGGAGAGGCUGCCGGCACUGAUGAAGGAGCUCCGCAGGCGUUGUGGGCAUACGCGCGUCUUCAACAUCUCCGCGGCGACAAGGUACAACACCGACGAGCUGAUGGAGCGGGUGUACAAGUGGCACCGAACGGUGGUGCGCAAGGACUGGGAUGAAAAUGGCUCGCCCGCCUCAGAUGCCGCACACGUCGUUGGGAGGCGGGAGCUGACUCAGCUUGGUGGCAAGGUCGAGGAGGUGGGACGUGGAGAGCCAGUGGAACUGGACAAGGCCUUGCCCACAGGCCGCCGACAGAAGUCGGAGUACCAGGCGAAGGUGGAAUGGGAUGUGAUCGACGAGGCAUGGCGUGUCAUACACCCGGAGGUGGAGCAGGUUGCGCUCCGAACCGAUUGGACGUACACCGGUGGCUACGACCGCCUGAACAGCAUCAUGAAGAAAACUGGCGCCUCCGAAGCGCUGAAGCAAACCGGGGUCAAAGAGGGCGAGAUCGUCAUCGUCGGAAACACAAAGUUCUCGUACAAUCCUGACAUGAUCGGCAAGGAGGCCAACAUGCUCUACGGCCAGCUCGAGCUGAAGACUGUCAAGGAGGAGGAUUACAAAGAGAAGAAUCCUGCACGAAUGUGA